AAUCAGUUUCUAUAUCAAUCGUCCCGUAUUUCAUAUUCGCUUGCGCGAUUCCCUAAAGUCGGCUCACCGCACCCUAUCAAUUGUGUUUCCCUGUAACGCACACAUACUAGUGAAGCAAAGCACACACUAAGGAUCAGAUAGCUCACAGCUCAGACUGUACAAUAGUGUUAUCGCUGCAAUCUGUACUAGUAUCUGUACCACACUCUGAUUAUAUAUCGACAGUGUUGAUGGUAUAGACAGUGCCAAACAAUACAUUUUCCUUAGAAAAUGCUCAUACUAGUGAAAUUCUUUGUGAACCAUUGCAAGUCAGAUCUGUGCACAGUGCAAAAGAGAUUCUUCGGCGAUCAGACGAUUACUUUACCAGUGGCGUGCUUACUUUUGAUUCAACGUGAUUAGCUCCUGAAUACACAUAGGCCAGUGAAAUUUUUUUGCGAACUGUUGCAAGUGCAAGAUCCGUGCAUAGUGCAAAAGAGAUUCUUCGGCGAUCAGGCGAUUACUUCGACUUCACCGGUGACGUACUGGGCAUUACUUCAAAGCGCCUGUUAUCUGAAGUUGGAGAGAACUCGAAUUCUAUUGGUCACGUCCGUCUUACAAAGAGCUCGGCGCUAUGGCACACAUGACCAGCGAUAUAUGGCAGCAUUUCACGAAAUCUGAAAGUGGUGCUAAAUGUCGCUACUGUCAGCAGAUAGUUUCGUACUGCAAGGGAUCAACAUCAAACUUGAAAAGGCAUCUCGGUCGUAAACACCCAACCGUUCCGCUGUACAGGAGUAACCCGCUGUCGACAACAAAUUCUGAAAUAGAUUCCCCUCUAGAAGGUACUUCCGGCCAACAAAACGUCUGCACCACAAUUACCAAUUUUUUUCAACCCAGCAAACCAAUGAGCUCGGAAUCAAAAAAAAAAUCGAUUCUCUAUUGCUUUUAAUGAUAUGUAAAGAAUAUCAUCCUUUUUCAAUAGUUGAAAAUGAAUAUUUUGGAGAUUUCGUUAAAGCUUUAAACCCUAAAUAUGAACUGCCAACAAGAAAAAGUAUUUCUAAUGCAGCAUUACCGGCACUUUACAACGAAACUUUGGAGGUGGUGAAUAGUAAAUUACUCAUAGCUUCAACUGUAUCACUGACAGCAGAUUGUUGGACUAGCAUUAAUAAUGAUAAUUUUUGUGCAGUGACUGCUCAUUUCAUAAAUAAUAAAUACGAACUGUGUUCGUAUUUAUUGGAAUGUUCAGAUUUUUCAAUUACCCAUACGGGAAAGAAUAUAGCCGAUUGGAUAACGACUGUAACUAAUACCUUUGAAAUUUCCGAUAAAUUAUUUACUUUGGUCACGGAUAAUGCGACCAACAUGAAAUCAGCUGCAACUAUAUUCAAUCUUUCUCAUCUCCCGUGUGGUGCCCAUACGUUAAAUUUAGUGGUUCAAAGAGGCCUUCAAAAGAUAAAAUCAACGAUUGAGAACGUAAAAAGCAUCGUUAUGCAUUUCAAAAAAAGCUCAAAAGCUGCCCAAAAGCUGGCCGAAAUGCAAACUAGCUUGAAUCAUCCGCUAUUAAAAAUUAAACAAGAUUGCCCUACCAGAUGGAAUUCAACAUACGAAAUGUUGGAUCGUUUCAAACAAAACCGAAUUCCACUAGCAUCUUGUAUUGCAACUUUGAAAAUCUCAUGCAAGCUAGAGGAAGAAGAUUGGCUCAUUAUAGAACAAGCUACUAAGAUCUUAAAGCUGUUCAAUACGGUUACAAUCGAAAUUAUGGCGGAAAAAACGAUAUCAAUUUCAACAAUGGGGUUUUUAACUAGGUCCUUAUUGCAAAAAAUUAUUGAAAAAAAAGAAAAGGAAGUACUACAUCACAAGGUUAUUGAUUUAGUAGAUGAUCUUAUACUGGGUCUAAAAACUAGGUUCGAAACAACGAACAAUCUUGAAAUAGUUUCGUAUGCGAUUUUACUAGACCCAAGGCUCAAAAAAGAUGGAUUUUUAGGAAGCGACGCGCAGUACCAAAAUGUGUACACGCAUAUGAUAGAAAAGAUGAUUCCAUUCCAAAAUAGAAUGGAUACACAAAUUAAAGACAAUGCAGAAAAAGAUCUUGAUAGCGAUGACGACAUAUGGCAACCACUGAAAAAAGUUCACCAAAGCGAGCACACAUCAAGUGCAAGAAUUCUUGCUGCUCUUGAGCUGGAUCGCUACAUUUCGGAAAAAAAUUUACAGGUCAAAUGUGAUCCAUUUCUAUGGUGGAAGGAAAGAGAAGUGAUUUAUCCAACGUUAUCAUAUUUUGCCAAACAAUAUUUGAGCAUUCCUGCGUCUUCUGUUCCAUGUGAACGAAUUUUUUCGAAGGCAGGUAACAUUCUUACAGAAAAAAGAAAUAGAUUGACAUCAAAAAAAUUAAAAGAAAUCAUUUUUAUAAAACAAAAUUACCAUAACCUGUAAGUCUUAUAGUUUAGUAAUGAGCUGAUAGCAAAUAAAUAGAUAGUAAUGUAAUCAUAUGUUCAAUUUAAUAAAAUGCAAGAAUCGUAGCCGUUCAAUAGUUUAUUUUUUUAGCAAAAAAGAAAGAUUACGAUAGGACUCACCUCAUAUCCUAUUAUAGUAUUCUGAUCCUAUCCAAAAAAAUAAGUCGAUAGUGGUAAAUUAUAUUUACAAUCUUAUUUAAAGUAUUGAUUUUAUUGUAAAUAUAAACGAAAGAUGAAGGACAAUAUGACAGAUGUAGAAGGAAGUAGAACCAGAAGAAAUGUGUGGGUUAAAAGACACUAUCAGUAUCAGAGCAUUCAAUUCAGAGACGGUUCUGAACGAUUUCGAAAAAAGUCUGUAAAAACAUUUCGAUUAACAUAACAUUCGGUACUUUCACACAAUUCAUAAAUGCAAUCAAAAUAAACCCAACAGCACCAAGCGUUUGUCUACUUGAUAAAAAAAAGUCUACCCGUUUAUGAAAGAUACACGCAGAGCAAAAGGCGAAGAAAACGAAAUAAAAAUCAUCAAAUCAAAAAGAAAACAGUGCGUACUGUGAAGUCAUACUAGCCGACUACGAUUCCGGAUGGUUCCAGCAGUUCCAGCAGUUGCAGUGGUUCCAACAGUUCCAACGGUUCCAACGGUUCUAGCUAUUCCAACGGUUCCAGUGGUUCCAACGGUUCCAACGAUUCCAAAUGUUCCGACAGUUCCAACGAUUCCGACGGUUCCGGACGAUU